AUGGCUCAAACCCAGUGUGAGCCUCCCACACCUUCCUCUUCCUUUGGCCCCAUCAUAAGCACACCACGUGAUGACCAAGUUGGUGGCUUUGAUGGGAUGGUUCUUAUUGCAGCCAUUGUAUGUGCUUUGGUGUGUGCUCUUGGCCUCAACACUAUGUUGCAAUGUGUCUUCCAAUGUGCUUUGCGUGUCCUGACGCAACCACGCCAAUGGAUUGCUUCUCGUAGGCUGAAUUGUGGUCUGAAGAGGAAGGAAAUGGUGGCUUUGCCAACCUCAACCUACACGCACUCUGCCUCUCCAUCUUCAUCACCUUCCACUUGUGUGAUUUGCUUGGCUGAGUUCUCUGAUGGGGACCCUGUAAGGUUCCUACCAAAGUGCAACCACUAUUUCCAUGUGAUUUGCAUCGACGAGUGGCUCCUCUCUCACUCUUCUUGUCCUACUUGCAGGCACCUACUCAACUCAAAUCAUCAUCUUCAAUCCUUACAUCCUGACAUACCUUAG